CUUUGGCUUUCUAAUCGUUAGCUACCUAGCUAGCAGCGACAGCAAAUCACAAAAAUGGCGAAUGUGGUGCUGGAGUACAAGGCGUUAGCCGGUGACUCUGACCCACAGACUCGCCCAAUUCUAAUUAUCGGGCAACACACCAACCUGCAACAAGUUGAUUGGGGCCAAAUAAAAGGAAAACUCCAGCCGGUUGUCAGCAAAGAGAUCUGGCAGGCGGCGCUGAACACUUUGAGUCCCAAACCCACAGACAGCUGCCCUCUCUACCUCAACUAUGCUGCGGUGGCUGCGCUUCCUUCUCGGGUCAGCAGGCACAACAGCCCAUCCUCUGCCCACUUCAUCUCCCGCCUGGUCCGCUCCUGUCUGCCUGGAGGGAACAACCGCUGCAUCGUAAUGGUGUGUGAACGCUCAGACGUGUUUGCGUCCUCCUGUGCCAUUUCCAGAGCUUUCCCCAUCUUCUCUCGUCGUUCCACAUCCUCUCGCAAGGCAGACAAGAAGCAUGUCGUUGUGGAGUUUUUGAUUGUGGGCCAAGAUAGUAACCCUCUGGAUGUAGCUGAGCUUGAGUGUCUCGCCAACGCUGCUGACGGAGUGAGACUGGCAGCUCGCAUCGUGGACACGCCAUGUAAUGAGAUGAACACGGACCACUUCUUAAACGAAAUCAAAGCAGUAGGAAGUGACCUUGGAAUAACACCUGUGAUCAUUCGGGGAGAGGAACUGAGAGACAAAGGCUUUGGAGGUAUUUAUGGUGUUGGCAAGGCAGCUGAGCACCCUCCUGCAUUAGCAGUCUUGAGCCACACACCAGAUGGCGCCACUCAAACCAUUGCAUGGGUGGGCAAAGGCAUAGUGUAUGACACCGGAGGACUCAGCAUCAAGGGAAAGACCACCAUGCCGGGCAUGAAGCGAGACUGCGGCGGAGCUGCCGCCAUCUUGGGAGCUUUUCAAGCUACCAUCAAACAGGGUUUCAAGGAUAACCUCCAUGCCGUGUUUUGCCUGGCAGAGAAUGCAGUUGGGCCUACGGCCACACGGCCUGAUGAUAUCCACACACUCUACUCUGGAAAGACAGUGGAGAUUAACAACACUGAUGCAGAGGGAAGGCUGGUGCUGGCUGAUGGAGUGGUGUACGCUAGCAAAGACCUUUCAGCUGAUAUCAUUCUAGAUAUGGCCACACUGACUGGUGCACAGGGGAUUUCCACUGGGAAGCACCAUGCAGCCGUGAUGACCAACAGCGAGCAGUGGGAGACGGCGUGUGUCCGUGCUGGGCGCAGCAGCGGCGACCUUGCUCACCCUCUGGUUUACUGCCCCGAGCUGCACUUCACCGAGUUUGCCUCUGCUAUUGCUGACAUGAAGAAUUCAGUGGCCGACCGUGAAAAUGCUCAGAGUUCCUGCGCUGGCCUCUUCAUUGUCUCCCACUUGGGAUUUGAUUGGCCCGGUGUCUGGGUCCAUGUUGACAUUGCCUCUCCUGUUCACGCUGGCGAGCGAGCCACGGGAUUCGGUGUCGCUAUGCUGAUGGCCCUGUUUGGUCAGGCUUCUGAUGAUUCCAUAUUGAACCAAGUGUCUCCUCUGGGCGCUGCCACCAACAUGUUAGACGAGCAGAUGGAGAGGGACAGCAAAAGGAGAAGAUUAGUGUAGAAGAUGGAGGGCUCCCGCCCUCCCAAUCUUCAGACCACCACCACACCACCUGAAGCAAUUAGUACUCAUUCACUUUGGGUUAAUCCAUUUUAAACCCUCUGUUUGACUACAUAUGACUUCACUGAAUAAAAGAUAGAAACGCA